CUAAACAUAAUCAUUAAAACAUAGAAAAUAUUUAAAUAAGAAUAUUCUUUCUAAAUAACCAUUUGAAAAUAUUAUAUAUAUUUAAAAGGAAAAAUAAAAUAAUCAACAUUUACUUUACAAACAUUAAACUAUCAAAUAUCUUUAAAAAAUGUCAUGGUGGAAUUAUUUUACAGGAAGACCAUCAUUAAAACGUGAUCUUCCAAAGAAUGCAAUUCUUAAUACGAAAGAAAUGAUAGAAACUCUAGAUAAAAAGGAAAAUCAUUGGAGAAAACAAAUAAUUGAACAAGAUAAUAUAGGUAUAAUCUAUUUUUCAAAAAUAUAAUAUUUCUAUUACACAACUCAUUAUUUCAUUUAUAGCUAAAAAAAAUGCAAAUAUUAAUAAAUUAGUCGCCAUGCAAGCUCUUAAAAGAAAAAAACUUCUUGAAAACGAAAUAAAUAAACUUAUGGGAAUACGAAUGAAUCUUGAACAAACGCUAUUUACUCUUGAAAAUGCGAAUAUAAACUAUGAAAUAACAAAAGCAAUGAAGCAAAGCACAGCUGCAAUGAAACAAAUAUCUAAGGGAAUAACACCUGAUAAAGUUGAUUCUAUAAUGGAUAAUAUAAGAGAACAAAUAGAUCAUCACAAUGAAAUAGGCGAAUUAAUUGCUCGACCUAUAGGAAUGUCAGAGACAUUCGAUGAAAAUGAAUUGAAUCAAGAACUCGAAAGAAUUCAACAAGAAGAAUUGGAUGAAAAAAUGCUUGGAGCGGAAAAGCCACCUACACAAUUACCUGGCUAUAAUACAGAAAAAUAUAAAGAAAUUAUUCAAACAGAAGAUAAUGACGAAGCAGAAAUUAAAGCUUUACAGGAAGAAAUGUCUGUAUAGUUUAAUGCUUUAAUACAAAAGUUGUUUGAAUCCCAAAUCUACUAGAUCUAAUAAUAUACC